CUAUUAUCUACUCUCUCUCUCUAUAUAUAGCUCUGGCUCGUGGUUACCCUCUCGUCCCCAAAACCAACUUGCCUGAGUCCCAAAAGACAUUGCAAAUUCCUCUUCGCAAUGUCGUCGAAACAACCAGCCUCUGGCCUCGAACAAGUUCGGAAGUCCCCAGAUUACCAGCGCAUGAAAGCGGCCAACCGCGAUGUAUUUGAGCCGAGAACCAUCUACUUCGCCACCUAUGCGGACCCCAGAGAAAGCACCAAUUGGCGCAAAUGCUUGCAGUUGAAAGCCGAAAUCGUUUACCAUGCCAUCACCGGGAAGCUCGUAAAGACGGAGACCGAACUUGAGGCGGCCAAGAAGCUGUUGGUUGCGAUAGCCAAAGAAUGCAAGCCUCCCAUCGCCACUGAAGGCCAAAAAACGAGUGCAGGAGUUGCAGGGGAAGACCAAAAAGAGCCACUCCCUGAAGAUUAUGCACUGGAGGUGGACGGGGUUUUUCUGGUGGUGGGAUAUUUCUCAGAACUCAACAAAAUCACAGAAAAUUUGGAUCGAGAGAAAGCAGAAAUAGUAAAAGACAUUAUUAAGGUCGAAAACCAGCUCUCUCUUAAAGAUAUCAAAAAUAUUGUGGACCAUGUGGAGGAUGCGAUAAAAAAAAAUGAGACCGCAAAAGGAGAGUUGGGUGGUCGUCACUACAAGCUAGCAGAUGACUUCGAGGGCAUGAUCAGGCGAUUCUGCGGGUAUUAUUCCCCCUUCCACUCCGCAGCACCCGCAGACCCUGGAAAAGAUGUGCUCCAGAAGGAAAAUCUCCUGCAUUGCCUGCAUUUCAGCUUGGUAGGGAGCAAGAUCGAUGAAAAGGGAAGCGGCGGGGCGUGGCAAAGUCCAAGUGCUGGACAGCUGAAACGGUCCGGCGUGCGGUUUGAACCUUCACCGAAGGCUGCCAUUGAUGUCGAAUUCUCCGAGCCAACGCUGCGAAUGCCGGCAUUGGUGCAUGACUUCAAGUUAGAGACAGUUGUUGGGAAUCUCCUGGCAUGGGAAUAUGGCUUGCCUAAGGAGGAUCAGAGGCCGGUGACUCUAUAUUUCCAGUUUAUGAAUGAAUUGGUUGGCGAUCUCGGCGAUGUUCGGAUGAUGGAGGAAUUGGGUCUCAUCAAAGGGACGUGGAAGAAUCUGCAAGAGGUUUUUGAUUUGGUGAAGAGGACUGAUGAGCGUCCGCCUUAUCCUUGUGUGUAUGCGGCUCUGGAUAAGGAGGUUCGUAAGGUUCGGGAGUAUCAUGAUAAGAAGACGAAGACAGUUGAGGAGGAUCGUGAUAAGAAGAAGAUGAGGGCAUUCUUCAAGAGGCAUAAGCCGGCCGCUGUGCUUUUGUUGUCAUCUGUUGCAGCUGCAUCCGUUAUCGCGGCGUUUAUAUAUAAAAGGAAGAGCAGGAAGGGGUGAGACUGUCUUCAUGUGGCAUCAGCUGAAUCUGGCACCAAGAAUUCUACUAGGUUUCUGCAAGUUGAUAUAUUUAUAUAUGGUUCGGUAUACAUAUAUAUAUAUAUAUAUAUAUAUAUUUUCUGAUAUUAUGCUCUCUCGAUCCUAUGUACUAUAUGCUUGGAAAGAAAUGAUUAAUAAGUAUAUGAAAUGAAUGUGCCAAGUUUAAUAAA